UACGCUGACAACACCAGUUUGUGUUUACACUCUUAAUGUUUUAUUUCUGACAUUUUCUGAACGAGGCAACAGUUUAAGGUACGAACGAAUGAAUGUAUGUUUCCUGGUGUUAGCAUGCUGGCAGAAGAAGUGUGCUCCCCGUAGUCAGAGGACGAAACGGAUUGUUGGAGCCAUAUUAGUCAGACUCUGGGAUUAUAUCCGAGCAGCUACCUGCAGAGGGGAAAACUGCGCUUCCACGUUAACGAACAUCCUGCUCAACAGUCAGACAGGUGGACUUCCAAACAUGGAAGAAGAGUUGUUGAUAGGCUGGCAGGAAGAGAAGCUGCAUCUUAAUCAGGAGGUGUGUCGGCUGCAGGAGGAGCUGGCAGAGAGUCAUGCUGAAAAAGAUGAGCUGGAAUCCAGGAACAGAGCUCUGAAGGACAGGCUGUGGCGGUCGUUGUCUCCCUCACUUGCUCUCUCUCUGCAACUAGAGGGUGAGCAGAGGGAAUGGAAGAAGAAGGUAAGGGAGGGGAGAGAGAGGGAGGCCAGGCAGGCCCUGCUGAUCCACAGGCUCCAGAACAAGGUGUUGGAAUACAGAGAACGAUGUCAGCAUUUGGAGCUUCGGCUGCAGGAUAAUCAUACACAGAUGCUCAGCACCGAGAGAAUCAUAGAUGACUCUCUGGAAAGCGCCGUUCUCAGACUGGAGGAGGAACAACAGAGGUCAGUCAGUUUAGGUGACACCAAUAGUCUCCUUUGCAAGCAACUUGUCCAAUCAGAGCAGGCCAACCACGCCCUGAAGGAGGACCUCCAGAAGCUGACGAAUGAUUGGAUGACAGCUGUGGAAGAGGCAGAGCAGCGAGAGGCUGAUUUGCAGAAAGAGCGAGAGCGUCGGCUGUGUCUUGUGAGGGAGCAGCAGGCUUGGCUGCUGUCUAUCUGGAGAUCUGUGGCUGCUCUGAGACGGGACUGCCACGCUAUGAAAACGGCUGCUGACAGGGACCUGUGGCAGCUGAAGGCCGAGUUUGCUCGCCUCUCAUCCGUUCUCCUCUCCAGCUGUGACUCUGUCUCCUCCUCUCUGAGGCUCAGCACACUUUACAUUAAUCCUCUCUCCUUCUCCGCUUCUCCCCCUCUUCUCGCUUCCCACUUUCCUCCCUUUUCAUUCUAUUCUCCUCCUCCGUCCUCCGAUCUGGCCCUUUGUCCUCCGAACUCUUCUGCACCUCCUCUCCUCUCAUCCACAAUGCGAAUCUUUUCUUUGGGAGAGUUGGAACUCAAAGAGGAGAAGGAUGAGGAAAGGAGGGACGAGGACGAGCAAGGCACUUCAGAGGUGAAGUCUGUUCAGGAGACUCAAGUUUUACAGCUGCAGCAGAGGAUUGAGGCGCUCACUGGCUCACUGCAGACCGAGGUCAGUCUGAGGGAGGAGAGCGAGAGGGAGGCCGAGAGACAUAGAGUAAUACAGAGAAGCCUGCAGUCUGUGAGCCAUGCUGUGAUCAAACUGUCCAGAGUCCUGACCUCAGCCAGCAGUCAGUCGCUGAACAUCUCCUCAGAGGGUGUCCUUAGCCUGGAUCUGUCCUGCUUGCUUUCCGUCCUGUCUCAGACUGAGAGCGCCCUACAGUGGAGAAAUGAGGAAUUACAGGGGGCACAGCGAUCUCUGCAGCAGCUCGGUGAGCAGAGAUCAGCCCUGCACCUGCGACUGAAGCAGCUGGAGGACGACAACCAGCAGCUACACACACACAAACAACAACAGCAGCAGGAGCUCGGCCACAUUAUGGACGUACUGAGCAGAGAGAAGGAGACGGCGUCCUUCCUGCGUCUGCAGGUCGAGGAGCUGCAGAGGAGGGAGGAAGAGCUGAGGAGAGAACAUCACAGACUGAGAAAGGAGAAAGACGAACAGGAAGAGAGGAACAGACAGCUGCAGACAGAAAUGCGCAGACGAGUUGAGACUGAGGUGUUGGAGAACGUCCAGCUAACAAAGCGGGAGACUUUGACCCAAGCAGAAAUGUAUAGUCUGAAGGGAGCACUAGAGAGGGAGCAGCUGGACAAGCAGCGAGCCGAGGAAGACGCUUCUGAUAUGAGAGAUGCCUUACAGAAGUCCAGGGAGUGCGUGUCGCGUCUGUCGUUGCAAGAGAGCGCGUUAAGACGGGAGGUGGAGGAGGGACGGGAUGCGCUAGACAAGCUGUCCACCCUGAACUCUUCUUUGGCCUCAGACAAGAGAGAGCUGCACAAACAGCUGCUGCAGCUGGAGUCUGAGCUGUCAGAGGGCCAAUCACAGCUGCAGGCUCAAAGGUCACAAGUCAGUUCCCUGGAGAGGGAAGUCAAGACCCUAAACAUGAAUUUCAGCAAGCUCAGAGUACAGAGAGAGGCUGAGGAAGAUGCUGUUCAGCAGCUGAGAGGACGAGAGCCAGAGGAAGACGGGAGCUUUCCCUCUGUGGGUGAACAGCAGGUGGAUGACCGGUCCUUUCAGCAUGCCGCAAUGUGUGAGGAGCUGAAGGAGGUGCAGGACCGGCUGGGGCACGCAAUGCAGGAGGUGAAAAAUGGGAGCAUACAACAGCAGGAGCAGCUCAGAGAGAGUAGGUGGCUACAAGAGGAGCUGGAUAGUCUGCAGAAGCACAAGGAGCAGCUCGAAGUUGAUCUGCAGGAGAUCCGCAGGUCUCUGUCGCUGUCUGCCCACCAGCAGCUCAGUGAGCAGCAGAAGCGUCUCUCACAGUCAGAGGUGGAAAAAUGUCAGCUGAACACACACAUCCACACUCUGAAGCAGGCCAAAGACACCUUACAUGGGGAGAUCCAGUGUCUGAGAGGCGAGCUGGAGGAGAUGAUGUCCAGGGCAGAAGAUGAGAAGAAGAGGAGAGAGAUGAGUGAGGAGGAGAGGAAGGCACUGCAAGAGGACAUGGAGAGGAUGACAGAGGAGAUAGAGAAGCUGAGGAGGAGGAGGAGGGAGGAAAUGGAGAGGAAGGAUGAGACGGAGACCGAACAGGAAGAAAGGAGUUUCUUUAGUGAGAACUCGGGGAGAAGAGAAGGAGCUGAGGUGCUGAGGAUUUGCAUUGAGGGAUUAACUGAGGAGGUGGAGGAGAGGCAAAGAGAAGAGGAGAAAAUGAGGAAGGAGGUAAUAGAGAUGAAGACUCGAAUCAACCUCAUGAUAGAAAGAGUACAGCGAUUAGAGGGAGAGAAGGAGGAACUGGAAGAGGAGGUAAAGAGGACAGAGGAAAGGCUGAGAGAGGAGAAGGAGUUUUGGGAGGAGAGGAGAAGAGAGGAGACGAAGCAGAGGGACAGAGAAGUGGAAGCCCUCUGUGAGCGGAUGGAGAGAUUGAAAAGGGAGGAGGAAAGGGAGAAGAAGGUGGACCAGCUGAGGACAGAAGCUGAGAGGGACAGAUGGAGGGUGAGAGUGGAAGAACAAGAGGAGGAGAUUAACAGACUGAAAAAAGAAAUCUCAACAUCACAAGAGGAUGAAAGGAGAAAGAAAGACAAACUGCUCGAGGAGAAGGAGGAGGUGGUUGCAAAGCUGCUCGAGAAGCUAAAGGAGAAAGCGGCGGAGGCAGAGCUGAUGAGGCAAAGGCUGAAUGUGGCCAAUGAGAAGUUUAAUGAAUUUAAGGCAGAGGCGAAAUGUAAGGAGCAGAGCCUGGAAUUACAGGUGAGGGAGAGAGAAGAAGUAGGGGAGGAACAUCGGGAACAUCUGAAGGAGGGGGAGGAGGAAGGAGAGAGGGACCAUCGAGAGGUGAAUGCCAGACUAAAGCAAAAGGAGGUGAGAGGAAGUAGGAAAGGUAUGGAAAAAGAUGACACGAUCUCCUCCCAGGUUAGGGAGCUACAGGAGGGACGGACAAAGAGCGAGGGAGCAAGGAAAAGAGUAAGAGAAAUGGAGGAAGCCCGUGACAGGCUGCAGGUGGAGAUAAAGGAGUGGCAGGAGAGGGCAGAACACAGCGAGAGUGAGGCUACAAAGCUUAACCAUAUCUGUGUGGAGCAAGAGGAGGAGGUGCAGCGGUUAAGAGCUAUACUGGAGGAGAAGGACGAGGAGAGAAGAGAAUGGGAGGCACUAAGUAGAACCGAGAAAGAAAACACGAGGAGAUUGCAAAGUAAGCUGAUGGAGGUUGGGGAGGAGAAGAAGAGAUUAGAGGAGAAAGUUAGGGAGGCCGAGGAAGAGAGAGAAGCACUUAGGAGAGCUGGGGAGGAGACAAAGAGGCUGGAGGAACAACUGUCUGAAGUAGAAAGUGACAUGAAGGACCAAAGAGAGGUGCUGAGGAAGACGGUGGAGGAGAAGAGGAGACUGGAGAACACGCUAAAGGAAGUUCAGGAGACGACGAAAGGAGAAAUGGAUGAGCUGAUGAUACUGAGGGAAGAGAAGAAACGUCUGCAGGAUAAAUCGAUAGAGAUGGGAAAAGAAGCUGAUGGACCAAUGAGAGCCAAAGAGCAGCAAGCAAGGCUGUUGGACACCGAGGAGGAGGAGGCGUGGACUCUUAGGAGGGAAGUGCAGAAGGAGAUGGAGAGAAGCAAUCUAGAGAUGUCGGUGCUUAGGGAGGCGGUACAAAAGGAGAAAAGAAGGAAGGAGGAGGCACAAGAUGAGCUGUUAAAAUGGAGAGAAGAAGCACAAUAUCUCAGAGAGGUGUGGGGAGAGGAGACGCAGGAAGAGCUGAGGACGACUAAGAUGGAGUUACUGGUUAUUAAAAAAGAGCUGCAAAAAGAACAAAAUGAGAAGGAGCAGAUAAAGGAGAAGCUACGGAGGACGGAGGAAGAGGUGACAGCUCUCAAGGAGGAAGUGCAGGAGAUGGAAAACAACAAGCUGACAGAGACGAAAGAUGACUUUCCUCAGGAGGAGUUGAGAGGAGUGAAGCAGAGCGUGGAGGUGAUGGUGCCAAACUCCCUGCAGGUGGACACUCCGAGUCAGAGCACAGAGGAGAUGGAGGAGGACCGGGAUGGAAUCGGAUUAGCUGGAUCACAGCAAACAGAUGCAGCUUUGGUGGGCUAUAAAAGGAGACCUGAUACAGAGGGUUUGAAGGAGAGACUGACGGUCCUGCAGAGUCUGGUGGCUGAACUGGAACUGGAUCAGAAACGACUGAACAAGAAAAACUUUCAUCUGGAAAAUCAGAAAGACAAACUGAAAAGAGCGACACACACACUGAGAGAGACGCUGCAACAGGUGGAGGAAGAGCGCUCGAGGCUCAGACAGCAGCUGAGUGAGAGCAUCCAGGGCUCUUUAACCACCACAGAAGAGCAGCAACUGAGGAGCAAAGUGAGGGAGCUGCAGGACCAGGUGAAGCAGCUCCAGUUUGCACUGGCUGUCGGUCAGCAACAAAGGGCAGAGUUCAUUCAGCAGUCCUCCAGAAACAGCUAGUCAAUGCUCUCUCUGAGACUUGACCUCAGUGAUUCACUAGCAACUAUCACACAACAUCCAAUCCCAUCCAUCCUAGAGUCUGAGACACAGCGAUUGGAUCAUAGCAUGAGGGAGGAGGAGCUCAGAAUGUCCUUCAGCCAGCUGUGAAAAUUCAGGACCAAAUGUUCUUAAUUACUUUACACUCAUUAAAUUGAGAGGUAGAGCCAUCGUGAACAUUCAGGUCUCUUCUCUGUGAGCUCUUUA